UCCUAAACAGAAGUAUGGUUUUAAAAUUGGCUAUGCUAAAAAAGCUUUAGACUAUACAAUUCAAGCAGAUAAAGUUGAUGAGUUCGUCAAUUAUUUAGAAAGAUUCAUUGAAGAUACGAAAAAUGAAUUAGAUAAACGCCAAGAUGUUAUGAACAUUGAAAAUCUAAUUGUCAUUGAUCCAAUCCGUGUGCAACAUAAGGGGCGUCAACCAAAUCAAUAUAAAUCAGGAGGUGAAGUGCCAUCUAAGAGAAAAGUACUUAACACCACAAAUACAAACAAUCAAGUCUCAAAUGACAAUGGGAUUCCCCAAAGUUCUGGAAGCGGUGGCGGUAGUACAAAGCGAGUAAGACAUUGUCAAAAAUAUAAAAAAGUUGGUUAUUAUGCCCUGCGUUAUCCAAAUUUGUGA